GGGUGAAUAAGCCAAAGUAUAUUUAAAGACAAUGUUGAAUGUUUCUUUACGCUUUUUCUCUUUUUUUUUUUCAUUUUUUACUACAUAUUAUUCAUUAUGACCAAAUUCUUAACUCCUGAACAAGCUCAAACUAGAGACAAGAUCUUUUAUACCAGUGGUGCUAAGGGCGCACUUAUAGGUCUUGGUAUUGGUGCUGCUGCUACAGCUUUCGUUCUCAAAAAAUCUCCUGAAUUCAGAGCCUUGAGUAGACCAUUGCAAUCUAUUAUGGCUGCUUCCACCACUACUGCUGGUUUCUUGUUUGCUUCUGACAGAGCUGCUACUGAAUUUGAAAACCAUGAACUUGGUUAUGCUGAUGAAGAAAUGAUUAAUAGCUUACGUAGAGGUACAGCUGUGAAGGAAAACGCUUCCACAUUUGACAGAUCUAUGGAGUACUUGAACAAAAACCGUUGGUCUGUUAUUGGCUUAUCUUGGGCUGUUUCUAUGGUCGGUGCUUUGGGUAUUAGCUUUUCCAACAGAUACCUUACUACACAACAAAAGCUUGUUCAAGCUCGUAUGUAUGCUCAAGCUGUAACAAUUGCUGUCUUGAUGGCUUCUGCUGGUGUUUCUAUCUAUGUUGGUGAUGAUGGAAAGAACCACAAAGAAGAACCUGACCCACAAUUGAGAGCUGUACUUGCUCUUCCUUCUGAAAAGGCCUCUGAACCCAAGAUGGUCAAGCAAACUUCAGACUAAAACUCCUCCACACACAACACAUUUACUAUAGAUAUCUUGUACAAAGUGCUUUUUUUUGUUUCAUAUUUUUGUAAUAAAUUUUUUUUUGACUCAAAAA